AUGGCCAGGUGGGGGCUGCUGCUGCUGCUCUUGCUGUCGGCCCUGCAGCCGCUGUGGCCUUCUGCACUGCCCCCGCCAGGCACCGCAGCGGGCAAAGCUGCCGUCGCGGGCCUGAUCCUGUCUGCACUGGAGAGAGCCACCGUCUUCCUGGAGAAGCGACUGCCGGAGAUCAACCUGGACGGCGUGGUGGGGUUCCGGGUGCUGGCAGUGCAGCUCAAAGGCGUCCAGGAGGAGUGGGCCCAGGACCCUCCACUGCAGCCGCUGGGCCUGCGCGCGGGGAAGCUGGUGGAGAAGCUGGAGGCCCUGCUCCCCAGAUCCCUUCACUACCUCCAGCUGAGUGACCCCCAGUACCUACGAGAGUUCCGGCUGGCCGUCCAGCCCGGGUUUUGGAAGCUGCCCCACACGUGGACCCGCACCAACGCCUCCCUGGUGUACAGCGCGUGGGAGCCCCAGGACUUGUUCUCGGAGGGCAGCAGCGACCGGUGCCUGGUGCAGCUGCUGGGCACUGGGACGGACGGCGCCCCGCCCUGCAGGCUCUCGGACUCAUGUAGGACCCUCAUGACAAGGCUGGGCUGCUGGGGCUACUGCCUGUCCCACCAGAUGCUCUUCUUCCUCUGGGCCCGGAUGAUGGGCUGCACGGAUGGGCCAUUCCACCACAGCCAGCACUACCUCAGCGUCCUCUGUGCCAACAUGAUGGACGUGAACCGGAGGAUUGAGGCCAUCGGAUACGCCUUCCCGGCCCAGGACCUCUUCCUGGAAAACAUCAUGUUCUGCGGGCUGGCCGGCUUCUCCGACUUCUACAAGCGCCGGUGGCUGGAGGCCAUUGUCAGCUGGCAGAGGCCGCAGGAAGGGUGCUUCGGGAAGCCAGCUGCUACAGGUGAGGCUGUGCCCAGAGCACCCCAAUCCCCACAGCGCCUCCUGCAAAGAGUGAAGAGGCAGGAAAAGGAAUUCACAGAUGGCUGCCUCGCCCACCAGACAACCACUGCCGUGGCUGCCCUGGGGGGCUUUCUCUACAUCCUGGCAGAAAACCCUGUGGAAGACGGAGCCCCGCCACCCCGAGCAGCACCUGAGCCCACUGUCCACAGAUGAGCAGCCUCUGUGAGGCCUCUUCCUCGGGCCCCAGGGGCCUGGGUCACUUCCUGUUGGGACAGAGAUGAGCAGCAGCCCAGACCCCCACCUGAGGUUGCCCGGAAGCUGAGUGAGCAGGGCCAGGGAGGGUGUGGCUGGGGGGCCCCAGGCCGAGCAG